UUUUAAUUGUUUUUUCCCAUAAUUUUCCAUUCACUCGAUUCUAACAUUUUUUGCAGGAUUCCAUCAUUAACAUAUAGAUAUUUGUAUUUAAUACUUUAAUACACAAUAACGUAUUAUGUUAUACACUCUAAAAUAACACUAUGAGUAAAACUGUUUAAAAAAUAACUUCAGUUGGAAAAUGGUUAGUAUAUCAGAAUUGAGAAGUAGAUUAGCUUCGGCUCAGUCUACAAAAUCAAAAUUAAGGCUAAGUAACCUUCAGUGUAUUGACUUACUGUUGAAAAUAUGUAAAAAAAAGGGAGUUGACCUAAUUACUAGCACAGAUGGGAUGUUAUUUUACACUCUCGAGGAGGUUCAAGCUGAAGUGGAAAAUGAACUGUUGUCCAGAGGUGGUAGAAUCCCUAUUUUUGAGCUCAACUCUGUUCUUAAUUUUCAACCUGACCACAUCGACAGGGCAGUUUCCAACAUAGUUAAACCUGGUGGAGAAUAUCUAAAUUCUCACGGAGUUAUUAUAAGUAAGCAAUAUCUUGAGCGACUAAUGCAUUCUAUUGAUGACCGAAUUCAAGAGUGUGGUACUGUUGCAAUAUCUGACCUAUCAAAAGAGUACGACCUUCCACUAGAAAUGAUGCGCACAUACGUAUCGGCUAACCUUGGCUCUAUUAUUAAGGGGAAUAUUAACGGGAAUUUGAUAGAAUCUUUAACUUUUGAGCAGAGGAAAAUUAACAACUUUCUAGCCUCAGUUUUGGCAAUCACAAUGCCCAUCUCAACCAACGAUUUAUCCAGAAUUAUUAAACAAAACAUCAAUACGGUAAAUGAUACACUUGGUAAUCUGAUUAAACAGGGUAACGUUAACGGCUUUAUCAAGGGUAAUGAGUUUGUUCCUCAGUGUUACAUUAAUUCAGUUGACACCUUCUUAACACACUAUUACGCCCGUAACGGUUAUAUUGAGGUUAGUCUCAUCAAUUCAUUUCAUUAUUUCACAACAAACACCAUUAAUAAACAUACAAAUAACGGCAUGAAACACAAUAAAGCCACUAAAUCUAACCACAAACCCAUAAAACACACUAAUUCAUCCAUAAAGAAUGGCAAUUUAACAGUUAAGGACGGAAGUUCCACUGUAAAGAAUGAUAUCAAUACUGUUCACGGAGGCAUAUUGGAUAAUAGUGUAAAAUUGGAAACUGUGUAUAUAAAUAAAGAAUUAUUUGAGCCAGUGAGCAUACUAAUAAAUGAGUCAAUAAGUAAUAGAAGUUGGAGUGAUUUGGGUUCAAUGUUACCUUCAAUUUUAACGGCAAAUGAUUGGGCAAUUGUAGUUUCGACUAUAAAAAAUGCAUCUAAGAAUGGGACUCUACUCAAUACCUUGUACUUAUCAAACUCAUUUAUCGCAGAUUUAACCAAGUAUAUCAUUAGCACUAUGGACAAAUGUAAGGAUAAGGUUGAGGAUUUCAGAAUGGUUUUCUACAAAUCUAAAUUAUCAAAAGAUCAUCUGCUACAUUGUUUUAAUCUGAUUAUGUCGAAUGAGUUUUCCAAUGAUCAACUCAAUGAGAGCACUUUAGAUGUUCUCAAGGGUCCUGAUUCUUCUCCAAACUCCAACAAUCCUUCAGAAACACACUCAAAUAUGUCAUCACCCUUACAUUUAAGCACUGAUACAUCAACUGAGGAGAACAUUGAAAAGUAUUCAGAAUUGUAUAGUAUAUUAAAUGACUCAAGUGAGUUAUUUGAACUGAUAGAACUUGAAUUAAAGAAGGAGCUGUUGGUGAUAAUAGCUAAUAUGAAUAAGGUUCUGAGGUCAGAUAAGGCAAAAGUAUCCUCUGAUAGUACUGAAAAGCUUAUCACACACUUGAUGGAGUGUGAACUGACUUUAAAAGCCUUUGAUUUGGUAAAUCGCGACAAGGUUGAUACAACCCUUAAGUCAGAGACUUUAAAACCAGAUGUUAAAUUUCAAAAGGCCGUUGGCAGUCCUGUGAAACCUACUGAAAUUGUCCCGAAACCUGAAAUCUACGUUUUAAUACAGUUUUUGUCUAAGGAAUUAUGUUCUUCAGUGUUUAAGCUACUGUUAGAGCGUUACUUGAUGAACAAUAAGUUGGUUGAUGGUCCAGUGACUGUUGACUCUAAUAACCGUAGUAAGAUGAUUGAGUUGAUAGUGGACGAUGAUAUAAAGGAGCUUUUUAAGACUUUUACAACUCAUUUAAAGAAUAAAAACGCACAACAGUGCUUAUCAAUCUCCCGAGACCUUUGUAAGCUCAUGUACAUCAACUAUAACGUGAAGAAGGAUUCCCGUAAUUUUAUUCGUUCAAAACUCACUCAUUUUAAUCAACAGCUCUCUUCACUCACCAAGUUGGAUUCUAUUCUCACCUGCUACGCUUCUCUAAACAUUAUAUUAUUGAAGGCCAAUCACUAUGUGUUCUUCUGUGACAAGCUUUGGGCCGUACGCGAGGUUCUUAAACUCUUCAACCCAAUUUUAUCCACUCACCCUCAACUUCCACUCAUUCAGUCCAUUGUUGACCUUGUUGAACCUUCUGAUCCUGCUAAUUUAUCACCAACAAAUACAUCCAUCUAUACCCAAACAGAUAAAGAAUUGGAAGAAAAGACAAUGGAGUUGAUUAACGUUUUCAAGGUUUAA